AUGCCCGGUCCCCGCAACGGGACUCGGCGGCGGAGCGGGAUGCUGCGCGGCGCCCUCCCUCCCGCCGGCAGCAUGAGCCCGUCCUUCCUCUUCCUCCUCCUCCUCCUCCUUGCCCUGCCCGCCCGCGCCCGGCGGGAGCGGGUACCCGGUGGGGCGCAGCCAGGGGCCCCCGCGCCUUCGUCUUCCUCCUCUUCCUCCUCCUCUUCCUCGGCGACAGCCGCGGCGGGGCCGAGCCGCUUCCCGCGGAGCCGCCCCGCGCGGCGGCGAGGCCGGUUGUAUUGCCGGGUUGGCAUCGGCUUCCACCUCCAGCUACACCCCGACGGACGGGUGGACGGCGCCCAUGACGCGAGCCCGCUCAGUAUUUUGGAAAUAUUUGCUGUGUCUCAGGGGAUUGUAGGAAUACGAGGAGUUUUCAGCAACAAAUUUUUAGCGAUGUCAAAAAAAGGAAAACUCCAUGCAAGUGCCCAGUUCACAGCAGACUGCCAGUUUCGGGAGCGCUUCCAGGAGAACAGCUACAACACGUACGCCUCGGCUGUGCACCGCAGCCCGCGCUCGGGGCGACAGUGGUAUGUGGCCCUCAACAAGCGGGGCAAAGCCAAGCGUGGCUGCAGCCCCCGUGCCCGGCCCCAGCAUGUCUCCACGCACUUCCUACCCCGCUUCUGGCAGCCCCAGCCCCCUGAGCUUGCCUUCACCGUCACCCUCCCCGAGAAAAAGCUCCUGCCACCGAAGCCGAAGGUCGCCCCAUCCCCACCUCGGAAAAACCCUGGACCCAUCAAGUACCGUCUGAAGUUCCGCUUUGGAUAGUGUGCCAUGGUGGGGAUGUGGCACAGCAGACACCCAGUGCCUGGGUGUAUUCUGGGGUGACCCCUUGGGAGACCUGCGUCCCCCCUUCCUGGAUGAAUGUUCAGCAUCCCUGGGGAUGCUCCAUGUAGCCAUGUUGGGCUCAGGAUCUUCUCUUCACCCCACAAAGUAGACAGCAUCCUCGGAGACAUGCGCUGGGAUGACGUAACUUGGACUUUCCAAAGAGUAUUCCUGCAGUAAACAGAAAACAUUUGGUGGACAUUGGGUUAGUUUUCUGGUGGUGAAAGGAGCAGAAAGGUACCUCUACAGCGAACAUGUUUUCUUACCUUAUUUUCACUAAUGACUCUUCUGACAAACAUUUUCAUACAAGAGACCCGUUCAGAGCCAACCUGUUUAGUGCUUUUCUCUUUUCCUUUUUGGUUUUAUAUUUUUCGGCAUCUCCUUUUUGCUGCACUUUUUUCCUUCAACCAUACCUCAGACACCAGAUACCCAGGUCUGCCCCUUCCUCUUCACCUACAUACAAGCUCUUCCCAUCCACAAGAAGACCAAGCCCAACAAAUGGAUUCCCCUUAUCUGUGGUGCAAGGGGGGCUUAAAACUCUUUGUUGGCAAUAAUAUACGUAUAUAUAUUAUUUUUUGUCAAGAGUUGCAGGCUUGGGGAGGGUGGCUCUUUGCAGCCCUGCUCCUGAUUGUCUUUCCUGUUAUUCCCUGGACAGCUGGAGGAGUGAAUCUCCUCCUGUCCAUCAAACAAUGGCUUCGACAUCUGUGUUUAAAAUACCUCUGCCCCAGUCCUGUGGCAUUCCUGUUCACACGGUGAGGGACCCCCCCUGUGCCCCUGCUCCUUGGGGAUCCUUUGCCCCCUGUCUCGAGUAUCGCUUGGUUUCUUCCAACAGUUAUCACUGCUGAUUUCUUUUAUCAUUCACAAGACACUGCCAGAGCAGGGGGAAAGGGUUUUAUUUCAUAGCGAGGGUGAUGAUGUGGCAACAAACGCUGUUACAGCCACUUGUACCUUCAGAAGUGUUUUUCCCACCCAGGUUGCCCUGUGGUUCUGACUGUGGAAUUGUUUCUUCAUUGUGUUACCUGUGGAGUAAUUGUGCAUUUGGAGGUUUUAAUCAGUGUUGUGUACAUACAGGAAAUGGUAGCACUGAACCUCACCAGUUAAGCCUUAAGAGGAGCCCAGGUGGGCUCACACUGGCAAAACCCUUCCCAGCAUGAGCCCUGAGAGUGUCAAGCAGCAAUAACGAGGCUGGGCAGCACUGCUGAGCCUUUCCAAAUCUGAUCAUGGUACAAAUGGUUAUUGCCAUUGGAAUCACGGUUCUUCACCCGUCGUCUUUCUGGGCAGCCUCUGGUUGAACACAUCUGCGUCACGCAGUGGCAAAAUGCUUUUGCACAGAGGCAUGUGCUCCACAUGCAGGGAUGGAUGGGGGCACCAGAAUAAAAUCUCAUCAUGCUUCGUUUUAUAACCUGGUUGUGUAAUCUCUUGCCUGUCUGCUCUACAUGUGGGUUUUUAACCUUUUCUUUCCCUGAAGGAGAAAAAUUAGUGUCACUAACUCAGCUGCUCCGCGUGGUUU